AUGGCGAAACGCUUGAGAACCCCAGAUCCGUCUCAGCUCCAGCUCUCAGAGCAAACAAGCUCGCCACCUGCCAAAGUCACAGUCUCAGAUGACCCUCAACCUCAACUCCAACCCAUGUGGUGCUCCUUACCGCCGCACCGAGACACAAUAGCAUUUGCGUCUUAUAACGAGUACGAAAGUCACUAUCUGAGAUACCACGUCAACCGCUGCUCCGAGUGUGGCAAGAAUUUCCCUACUCAGCAUAUACUCGACAUUCAUAUUGAAGAACACCACGAUCCACUCAUUCUAGCCCGGCGGGACCGAGGAGAGAAGACUUUCAGCUGCUUCGUCGAAGGGUGUGAGAGGAAAUGCUCAACAGCGCAAAAGCGUCGGCGACAUUUGAUUGACAAGCACAUGUUUCCUAGGUCAAGAAGUCAAUAUCCACCUUCAAUAUGGCCGCCACUUACAUCAAGCGGGAAUAUCCCACAGAACUACAACUUCUACAUUGUCAAUGACGGCAUUGACAAGCAGAACUCACUACUGCGAACAUCUAAUAAUAACAACCACUUCCGACGGCGCUCCUUACAGCAGUCGCCGCAAGAAGGACGACUGAGAAACCGGAAGACCUCUGUGUCCUCCUCUGUUCCUCUUGUACCCGAUCCAGGAGCAAGGGCAGAUACUAAUAUAUCAAUGAAUGAUGCACACACUGAUGAAAUCGAUGCCUUGACCUCGUCCCUGUCUGCUCUGAAAUUUGUGCCGGCCAGUGUGACGAAGCGAUUGGAGUCUGAUCGUAGACGGACGGAGGAGGGGUGA